AUGAAGCGGCAAAAUGUAGCGGAAGACAAACAAGCAGAGAGCGUGGCGGCCCUUAACAGGAUGGAUCAGCUGCUUCUGGGAGCGGCGUGUCAGUUCAUAAAACGCCAGGUAGCUUUACGGGUCGCACACUGUGAAGCGUCCCCCGAACAAUACCCUGACUCAGGUGGGAUCGCGGGAGGCAUCGAGAUCUGCAUCACUUUCCCCACAGAGUAUGUGAAGACGCAGUUGCAGCUGGACGAGAAGGCCAACCCGCCCAAAUACAGAGGGAUAGGUGACUGUGUGAAGCAGACGGUGCAGAGUCACGGGGUCAGAGGUCUCUACAGGGGUCUCAGCUCUCUGCUCUACGGAUCCAUUCCCAAAUCCGCCGUCAGGUUCGGAGUGUUUGAGUUCCUGAGUAACCGGGCCAAAGACGAGAGCGGGAGACUGGACCCGACCAGGGGCCUGCUGUGUGGGCUGGGGGCCGGGGUCCUGGAGGCCGUGCUCAUCGUCUGCCCCAUGGAGACCGUCAAGGUGAAAUUCAUCCACGAUCAGACGUCAGCGAAUCCCAAAUACAAGGGCUUCUACCACGGGGUACGGCAGAUCGUGAGGGAACAGGGACUGAGGGGGACGUACCAGGGCCUCACGGCGACCGUCCUGAAACAGGGAUCCAACCAGGCCAUCCGCUUCUCCGUCAUGACCUCGCUGAAGAACUGGUACAAAGGUGAGGAUCCAAACAAAGCCAUUAACCCUUUAGUGACCGGAGCCUUCGGAGCGACCGCGGGCGCCGCCAGUGUCUUUGGGAACACUCCGCUGGACGUCAUCAAGACUCGGAUGCAGGGUUUGGAGGCGCACAAAUACAAGAGCACUCUGGACUGCGCUGUGAAGAUCAUGAGGCACGAAGGACCAGUGGCGUUUUACAAAGGCACGGUUCCUCGUCUGGGUCGCGUGUGUCUGGAUGUGGCCAUCGUCUUCAUCAUCUACGAAGAGGUGGUGAAGGUUCUCAACACGGUGUGGAAAACAGACUGA